UACGCCUGUACCAUCUAAAACUAAAACAUAAACGGGAUCGCAAGUUCGCAGCUCUGUUUUAGCAGUUAAGCAAAGAUGCCGUCGGCGAAACCCUUCGCGACCGCCGCAGGGAUGCUGAAAUCCAGAUUGAGCUCAGGCCUUCGAACCCGAGGAGGACAUGGCCCGAAUCCAUUCCUUACUCCCGGCCACCAGGAGCGCCCCAAUGGCUACCUCUUCAACCGUACUCCGCCGCCGCCGGGGCAAUCCCGGAAAUGGGAAGACUGGGAGCUGCCGUGCUACGUCACAAGCUUUCUCACCAUUGUGAUCCUCGGCGUGGGGCUGAACGCCAAGCCCGAUCUCACUAUCGAGACCUGGGCCCAUCAGGAAGCCAUCAAACGGCUCGAGCUCGAGUCCGAAUGACUGAUCGGAUCAAUCUAUCUUGGUAUGCUUUUGAUUCGCCUUUGUUUGGAAAAUUUUCUAAGUUAGGGUUUUGGAAGAGAAGAUGGGGAAGUCUUCUAUUGAUAUUUUCUUGUGCAGUUGUUGAAAAAUAAGCAUUGCUGGUUAUUAACUCGUGAUUUGAAUUGGUAGCUUACGACUUUGUUCCCGAAUAACUUCAAUUUACUGCAAUGUUUAACCUGGUAAAAUUGUGUUGUUUCAAUGAUAAUACAUUUCCUCAGUAUACUAUGAAAAGUUGAACUUUUCCCA